AUGUCGUCGUCAUUUGAGCAGCUCUUCGGAUCCGCUGUGCUCAAUGUCGUCGUUCCUGAUACCUCAGUCGAAUACCCACCCUCAGCGUCGCCGGAUGACUGGCUCUCUCGGUUGAAAUCCCCAAGUUCUGAGAGAAAACUGGCAUUCUUUGAUGAACAGAUGAAUUCCUACUUGACGGUCAGGCUGUCCCAUCUCACUAGUUUUCCAGCUCUCGAUACCCAGAACCCACCGCAAGAGCUACUUAUGUUCCUCGCACAUCUGCAGAUAUCAUUAGAGGCCGCAUACAUCUCCUCAGUACCAAUUCCCGACCCUUCGAACUCAGUCAGACUAUCAGCUCCUCCUCGACUAUCAAAGAUGGGUCCGAGGCACCAUCCUUCGAUAUUUCCUCCAAGUACCCCGAAUCCAACACCAGCUGUUGCAGAGAAUGACCGCAGAUACCUCAACUCGGAAAAGACAACCUUGCUAACGAGCAUAUGGGGACAGGGCGCCGCUGAUGAUUCCUUGGAUGCAUUUUCACUGCUGUGGUCUGAGGCUGAGAGGGCUUGGAUGGCCGUGUAUCGUCUGUCCUUCACUAUUGCCUUCAUACGUCUUACAUACGCAGAUCCUCUGUUAUGUCUUACGGUCUCGACAACGCUUCGAGAAAAGCCAUUGGCGCUAAGCCAGCCCAAGAAUCCUCUCACUCUGUAUCUCUCUUCUCUUGACAACUUCAUCGUGGAUCCCACUACCCCUACCACUGCAACAACGCCAGUAACAGAUCGAGGGCAUAGGCUAGGAGGUUUCGAGGAGGUUAAUAUGCUAGAGGGUCUUACAGCCGGCCCCACUUUCUCUGUAUUAGGUGUAUCCCUACCAACAUCUCGCCUUGGCUCUGAUUCUCGUCAAAAAUUGUUUUGCUUGCCACCAAUUUCUCCCGUAACGCCUACUGUCCCUACACCCUCACCGCUGACGGCUACUCGUACUGCCCAUCCGACACUGCGCAAGUCCUUCCGUAAGACCCUGAACACAGUGUCUGGGUUUCGUGUACGUAUGAGGACCGUAUUCGUGCCUGCAGUCUUACUCCCCGAAGUGGACGUUGAUCAGGAUGAAGAGCGAGAGCGUCGUGAAGCAGGGAAUGAGGAGCGAACAGUUGUGCUGUGUCUCGAGGUGGAGAACACGGGAGAAACAGAUCUUGACGUCGGAUUCAGCAUUGAAAAGGUCGACGUUAAGGUUGGUGGUGAAGGUGCUAAAGCUGUUUUGAUUGGAUGGGAUGACGGACAAAACAAAGGAGAUGCCGUCUUUCCCCUUUCAAUCGCUUCACGAGAGCAGUAUAACCUGCUGUAUGCCGUGUCUUUCCUACGUUCCCCAGAAGAAGUUCUAGCACUCACCUCUCUUUCGGUGGAUGCAUAUGGUAAGGGCGAGCACAGUGACGCUCAACUGCAGAGAUCGGUGACAAUCAAUAUCUUCGGAACGCCUUACAUGCGCGAUUCACAAGGUAAACACCACCCGACCAACACAUUUGUAUCAAGGUGGAAUUGUGUUUUGGAUCUUUCCACGCAAAAGAAUCGAGCUGUAGCAGAGCCUGGCUUGAAGAAUACUGAAGUGCUACCUGAGCCACCUUCGCCGUUCCCUGUGACGAUGUCAAGUACCACGCCGCGAAGAGGAUCGUUAGGCACACCGUAUAGACCAUCUACACCUCCGCUCGCUCUGGCCGAUGUUACAUCUAAGCGACAUACUUUACCAUACGGUGGCCUGACUAGUAGCCGUCUAGCAACCAGGUUAUCCUCGCCUUCGCCUACCCCAUCGCAGUCCAGCCGUUCCUCCACUCCCAACCUUGUACCGCCUCGAUCAUCUUCGUACUCGCCUCUCCCGCCAUCUAUGCUGCAGAUUCCUCGCUCUCCUACGACAUAUGAACCUCCCCCACCUCCCCCACCAGACACCAAGCCGCGACCGCCGACAACUCCGGCGUAUCCUGCUUUCCCUCAGAGCCCCGCUCUCCCACUGACGCCUGUAUCUCAGGCGCCGUUAGCGUCUCAGGCACAUAUAGGACCCAGUGUGGAUAUUCCGAGGGAGAGAGGGGCAGGUAUUGUACCUCCCACGCCUGGUCCCAUAGUCUACCCAGGUGAGGAUCAGGGAGGGGGAGAACUGCAGCACAGUCAGGAGUCAAUUGUUGUCUCUGUCGGCUUGCUAUCGGUCAGUGACGAUGAAGGAGAGGAUGAGGAGGAUCGGAGGAUUUAUCCUAUGGGAAAAUUCACACUGGAUAUAUUCGUGUAUAACAGGUCGCGAUGGACUAGGAGGUUUGAAGUUAGUUGUCCAGAUCGCAGGAACAGGCGACGCAAGGGCGACAAAGGCAACUCGACCUCUAUAUCGGGAGUCUUGCCAUUGGAAAAUAGAGUUCGUAUUGGCCCUCUUCUUCCGACAGCUUGUCAGUCUGUACGAAUGAAGUUUUUGGCGUUAGCCCCAGGCGUACAUACAAUCGAGAUUUUGACCUUGACGGAUACAGAAUCCGGAUUUUCGACAGACCUAAAGCACGUUCCUUUCUUAACGACGUUAUACUUGUCAUUACACUAA